GAUGUGGGUGAAUAUUUGCCGCUAAGGGGGAUAGCUAUAAUAGCGCAUAGUGUCCCCUCCCCGCCCGUGUUGCCGUAGCUAGUUGGCUACUGGAUUGCAGAGCGCUGAGUUUGUCAGGAGCUGCAGAACCAUGAAGGCCUACACGAUGUUGUGGAUAACUGUGUGUAUAGUGGUUUUCACCAUCUCCUGGACAUGGACUGGUGGAGGUUACCUCUGCUCCAUUCCUCUUGCUGCACUCGUGCUGGCCUAUGUCAUGAUAUCUUGUAAGUAUCAAGAGGGAGAUGUCACUACCUCUUCCUCAGUUUUACUAUCAAGAGAAAAGGUCUCAGACUUAUUGAAAGAAGAUAAACGCUCAAUGGCGCUACUUGUCUCAUACUGGAGCUUCAACAUAAUUGUUUCUUAUUGGUUUCCAUACAUGAACUGUCCAAUGGUUCUCCUUACUCACUGAUAUUCUUCUCUGUUGCCUUUAUUACACUGUUUAUUUUGCCGACUGCCAUGUGGCUACUUUUUCUCCCUGUUUCAUCAUUUCUGGAAUGGAAAACUGGACAACUUGAGGGAAAUAAAUCAAAAUCAGUCAUUAUGAGGACACUAAGAAUUGUUUGGCAGCAGAGACUCACGAUAUUUUUCAUAUCAAUGAUGGUGUUGUUGAUGUUUGUUUUUGAUGCUGAUCUGACUUGUGUGAUUCGAUACACAAUGAAAGGGCAACCGUGCUGGCCAGUGCUAAUUCCAGCAUCCUCUCGCCCUCAACUCCCUUAUCCUCUACAACAUGCAUGGAUAAAAUCGUGGCACAAGCUCUUCCAUGGAUACUCUCCAGGAAUGGUGGCAGAGUUCAUUCAAAAUUUGGGUCGAGGACUUGGUGAAGUUCCAUCACUAUUGCCAACAUUGAUAGGAGUAUAUCUGGUGACCUUGUUUAUAGUCCCAUCAAAGCAAAAGAUACUUAGACUAACCAUCUUCGCUUGUGUGGCAGGCAUUGUCCUUGGAGGUGUGUUAUCGGGAACACUGAAGAUACUUAUUCAUCGUUACAGACCUAAUGCCUAUGGUGACCCAUACCAGUGGACUGGACCGAGUACAACUGUAGUGAAUCACCUUGCCUUUUCAAAGCUAGACCUAUCUUUUCCUGCUGGGCAUACCAGUGUGACCAGUGCUGUAGCAACAUGCCUGUACCUGGGUUUGCUGGAGUCACAUGAUCGAGCCCCCCUGACGUGGAGAGUCUGUGUUGUCAUACUGCUCUACAUGUUUCCUGUGGCUGUGUUAGUCAGCCGUGUUGGUGACUGCUACCACUGGAACUCAGAUGCUACUUUUGGGAUGCUAUUGGGUUGCAUCAUUGGACUAACAGCAUCGAAGCUGCUGUUUCAAGACAAUCAUCAUUCUAAAAAAGAGCCUAUUAUAGUUUGAGAUAGCAUUUCCUCCCAUAACACAUGAACUUUUGUGUUCUGUGAUAUAAUGAUAUAUCAUCCCGCUGUUGACUCAUAGCUUCAUGAAGUCUAACAUACAAAUCUGUACAAAUGCGCAAUUAAAUA